AUGGUUCAUGGUCAUGCUCACGGGACAAGCCGUUUUAUCGAGUCAAAAUGUGUCGCAAAAGCCAAAUUAGGAAUCCGGUUUGUUCUGCCUAUUAGGAUUAGUAAGUUAGGACUUACCCAUUACCUGGUGCAGAUGUUAAACCACAGAGGAGGUCACGAGAGGUCGAGGGAUUUAUCAUUGGGUCAGGGUCAGAGUGCGCCAGAGGAUAUGAAUAGAAGAGAGCCAUCAGAUGUGGCUAUGCACGGCAAUGAAGAAGAAGAUCAGAACGAGGAGAUGAUGCAUACAAACAUGCUUAAGACAUAUGGUCAAGCUGAGAAUCUGGACUACGAAUAUCCAGAGAGAAGGGACUACUCUAUGUCACCUUACUCAUCCUCCAUUCACUCUCAAGGGACGAGGUCUCAUCAUCCACUAGACCCGCAUAGGAAUGUUCGAGUUGAGCAUUCCGGAUCUGCGAAUCAACAAGCACAGCAAGGUGCCAGGCCACCAUCGGAAUCAUCGGAACCAGAAGAUCAACAACGGGCCGGUACAACUUUAUCCAUGGUGCAUGAUCUUUUAUCCCAAGUGUUGCACCAGGCCAUACUAGGCACAAGCAACGGAGUAGCUCUACCACCAGACUUUCUCAAGAUAGCAACAAUCAUGAAGACCUUAAGAACCUAUCUAUUCAAUGGAGAGCCGGACCACUACCAGGCGGAUGCAUGGCUACAAUGUGUGGAGAAUAACUUUUCAGCGACCAGAUGUACAGACGACUUUAAAAGGGACGUCGGAGUCUAUCACCUAGAGAAGGAGGCGUUAAGCUGGUGGGAAAGUAUGAAUCGACAGCAGGAGUAUCACAUCGACAGAUGGGAAGGGUUCAAAAAGGAGUUUGAACAGAAAUACUCUCCAUCCAAAGCACGAGAUCACCUAGCCCAAGAAUUUCUGCGACUAAACCAAGGCGAGAAGAGCGUUCGAGAAUAUGAAGCAGAGUUUAUGAGACUACAGCGGUAUAUCUCAUAUUGCAACGUGGAUGAUAAAGCCCUAGUGAGACAGUUCAUGGAAGGACUAAAACCAGAGAUAGAAAGUCGACUACAGUCAGUCACUUUCAGUAGUCUCCAUGAAGUGAUAGAAAGAGCAGUGGAUGUGGAGGCGUAUCUGCAAAAGGAGAAAGCCGCUUGGAAGAAAAGAAAAAUGGAUUCAAGAGACGCAACUAAGUCAAAGAAAGGAGGCCAGAAAUCCGGGAAUGAUGGCGAAUCAUGCUACACAUGUGGAGGAAAGGGACAUUUCGCUCGAUCUUGUCCCCGUACUAUUUCAGUGCCAGAUCUUCCAAUACGUGCGACAUGCUACAUCUGUGGAGAGAAAGGACAUUUCUCCCCAAAUUGUCCUCACAAGAUCGUUGAAGUGGCGACAAGACCUAGAAGUAUCGACCUGACCAAUGAACGGAUCCCCGACCAAUCGUCUGACAAGCACGGGAUCAGAUCUGCGAAUGGAAACGCAGAUGGAGAGAGGAGAAGCAUAUCUCCUUGUGAUUGGUGUGGUGGAAAAGAAAGAAGACAAGAAGUUGAAAGUGGAGGAUAUCCUGGUGGUACACGAGUUCGGGGAUGUAUUCAAGGCGCUGACAAAAUUAUCCCUGCCACGGAGGAAUCCAUUCACUAUAAGCCUGGAGUCAGGAACGAUGCCAGCAUUAGGGGUACCAUACGGUAUGACCCCAACCAAGUGAGGAGAAGUGAAGACAAAACUAGAAGACCUAAUGAGCAAGGAGUUCAUUCGGCCGAGUUCCUCACCCUGGGGAGCAUCGGGAUUGUUUUUCAAGAAGAAGGCGAAGGCGUUGAUGAGGAGUAUCACCUAGCCGAAGAUGUGACCAUCCUACUUCAUGGGAGAAUCACCGUUCCAGAAGAAGGGCAUCUAAGACAAGAGAUACUAAGGAUGGCACACCAGUCUUUACUUAGUAUUCAUCCUUGA